UAAUUGUUUCGUUAAUUGUUGAUAGGUUAGGAGAGGGGGGGGCGGGUUGUACAUUUUAAUAUUACCAAGAGAAUACAACGCGCGGUUCUUUUUAUUGAAGGUGUGGUAUAAAUACCGCCACAUCGAGAACACCCAAUUAUUCCCACAGAAUAUCACCAAUCUCGAAGAUGGCUUCAUUCCUCGCCUUCGCCUUCUCUGGUGAGUUGCUGGCUGUUUUCUGGGCAUGUUAUUUUUAAUUCUUUUCUGGCAGUUCCUUAAACAUUAUAAGAGUUUACCGACAUGGAUCGGGAUGCAUUGCAAAAGCACAAAGCCAUGGUUAGUAAUGUAAUAUAAUAUAUAUACAUAUGAGAUCCAAUGGUCACGGCGGUGAUGAGACCUUUGGGAGAUCAAACAUCACAGUCAGUGAUGAGACCUUUGGGAGAUCAAAAGUCACGGUCAGUGAUGAGACCUUUGGGAGAUCAAACGUCACGGUCAGUGAUGAGACCUUUGGGAAAUCAAACAUCAUGGUCAGUGAUGAUACCUUUGGGGGAUCAAACGUCACGGUCAGUGAUGAGACCUUUGGGAAAUCAAACAUCAUGGUCAGUGAUGAGACCUUUGGGGAGAUCAAUCUCCCGGUCAGUGAUGAGACUUUUGGGGAGAUCAAACGUCAUGGUCAGUGAUGAGACCUUAGGGAGAUCAAACGUCAUGGUCAGUGAUGAGACCUUUUGGGAGAUCAAACGUCACGCUAAGUGAUGAGACCUUGGGUCCCGGUUUGUUAUGAAAUUUGAAGCCAAAAUAUUCAACCAAUUGGAGGGGUGGGGGGCGAGAAACAGGGAUUUUUAAAUACUUUUAGCCAAUUUUUUCCCGUGCCGCUCUCUUCUAUGAUCAGCUGCUGCACUGAGAAUCGACGAAUGUGAAAGAGUAGGCGUCUUUACGCAGAGGCUUAGACAAAACUAAUGUUUUUAAAAUUGAGUAAAUGAAAAUCAGUAGCGAGUAUGCCUCUAACCAUGAGGGGUUCAUCUGUGGCACGGCCUAAGAGCUCAUCGGCGCUAUCGGGAGGCCAAUGGUCACUAUAGAUAAAUUAUUAAACUAGUGACCAUGUUAAAAUGUUUUAAUUGACUUCUUGUCCCUGACAGCUGCCGUCCUGCUGGCUGGCCACGCCCUUGCCCAAACCGCCUAUGGCACCGGGUGCGGGGCCGCCCUCGAAGACAUCCCCAACCCGGCCUCGGACAGCUGCACAGCUUUCUUCCGCUGUUACAAGGCCAGGCAGUACAGCCUGCGGUGUCCUUUGGGUCAGGCGUUUGACUUCGACAGGGCAAGAUGCAGGUAACCUUAAUAAGGUUGUUCAUUAUGUCAGGGUCAAUCUUUUUGUUUCCCGGUACGAGGAGAAUCGGAAAUCUCCAAAAUGUAUUUUAGGUUUUCAUGGGGUUUAAAGACAACUGAAUAGAAAAGGGCUUUAUUUCCUUAUGGGUUUAAAUUGAAAUGUAUGGUUGUCCGCUUUCGAACAGGUCAGCUACAGAGGUGGACUGUCCACUUCAGCUCCAGCGCUUCCAAGCUCCGGCUGUUCCAUCUUAUCUACGUCCUCCCGGCACUGUAAGUUGUGAUCUUCUAUUAUGUAGACAUCUACCUGGUAUGUUCAGACUUUAAUGGCUGAUAAAGGAGUCGAUGACCUAGGUCUUAGGUGAAGUGAUAGUAAGGUGAUAGGUGGGUUGGUGACUUUGGUCAUAACUAAAGUGAUAGGAUAAGUAAGGUGAUAAGUGAGGAUAUUAGAGAAGUGGUAAGUUUGGGGGGGGGGCGGAUUUUGGCAUUUUAAGAUUAGUGGUUGGAUCUAUAGAGUAAUGAAAUGGUUGAUAAGUUGUUCGAUAAGGUAAAGGUUGAUAAAAAGGGUUUUUAAAAAUGUGUCUACGUGAGGUGAUGUGGUGCAAUGGUGAGUUUUGAAGGAGGGGCGACUUCUUAAAAUGGACGUUCUUUCUGUAAGAACUGGGAUGUAAUGAUGAUGGCUGUCAAUAGAUAAAGAUAGAAAGACGGUGAACCUGGUCAAAGGGUACGGAGGAAAAUGUGAUUUGGGAGACGGGAGGGGGGAGUCAAGGGUCAAAGGAAAAAGCCUGUUCGUGGGAGUGUUUGACUGCGAUAAAGCUUUGAAACAGAUUAAUCAGACACGAACAAUGUGUGUCCAUAAAACAAUAUAUGUUCAGCUUUAAUAAUAAUUUAACAUGAAACACAAGUAAACGUUUCGGCAAAUGCCUUCGUCAGUACAAAAGUGUACUUGUGUAUUAUAUAAAAUUAUUGUUAAACCUGAAAAUAUUUUAUUUUAUUGACACAAAUUGCUCGUGUCUAAUUAAUCUGUUUGUGGGAGCUAUACUAUUGACUCAUCUGUGUGACCUAUACUGUCGACUUCUCUAUGUGACCUAUACAAUCGACUCCGCUGUGUGACCUAACUAUCGACUCCUCUGUGUGACCUAUACUAUCGACUACUCUGUGUGACCUAUACUAUCGACUCCUCUGUGCGACCUAUACUAUCGAUUCCUCUUUGUGACCUCUAUCAUGGACUUCUCUGUGUGCUGACCACACAUUGACCACAUAUUGACCACACACUGACCAUACCUUUACCACACAUUGACCACAGUUUUACCACACAUUGACCACACAUUUGACCACACAUCUUUCCCAGCAACAACAAGAGAGAGAGAUUGAAAUUCGUGUCGUCCAAGUUCCAGCCGGAAUCGACCCCAACACGCUCCAGAUAGCCGGCAACGGUCGACUGACCCCCGUCAGCAGGCAGUUUGCACCUCAGGUAAACUGUUAAGACACUAUGCACAAUCUUAUCUCUGUCCACUCACCCCGCACAGUUGGCAGCGCAGUAUUUAUUAUUAGAUUUGAUGACGUAAUUUUAAGUUCCGAUAAGCUUUGCAUGUCAUUGAGCCCUAAACUUAGCUUUUGAAAGGAUUAAUUUCUUCAAGAUCAUGGGGGGGGGGGGGGGGGGGGGCGGGUUGUCUAGACUCCUUGGACUCCUAGUUUAAGACCGAAGGGUUCUAGACCCCUGGUUUAAUACCGGAGGGGUCUAUGCCCCUGGCUUAAGACCUAAAUGGUCAUAGCGAACUUUCUAUUUAGGACGAGUUCAUUACGUGGCAAUCUCCGCCGUGCGUGCGUCUACUGAACGGGUAGUUCGAUGGGAUCUAUUGAGCCUAGGGAACAACUCUGUAGUUCGAUGGGAUCUAUUGUGCCUAGGGAACAACUCAGUAGUUCGAUGGGAUCUAUUGUGCAUAGGGAACAACUCAGUAGUUCGAUGGGAUCUAUUGUGCCUAGGGAACAACUCUGUAGUUCAAUGGGAUCUAUUGUGUCUAGGGAACAACUCUGUAGUUCGUUAGGAUCUAUUUUGUCUAGGGAACAACUCUGUAGUUCGAUGGGAUCUAUUGUGUCUAGGGAACAACUCUGUAGUUCGAUGGGAUCUAUUGUGUCUAGGGAACAACUCUGUAGUUUCAUGGGAUCUGUGUUGUCUAGGGAACACAAAACUAUUCUAAGAUUUACACUCACUCCACAAUGGAUAACGAAAAUUUCACAAAAAUCCUCACAACGCCGGCACCCCGUGGUCACACAUCAUUUAAACACCUCACUGCAAAACCCGACCAAUCACAACUGGCUCUCAGAUAAACUGACCAAUCCAGCUGGCCCUUACAUAAACCGACCAAUCACAACUGGCCCUCAGAUAAACCGACCAAUCACAACUGGCCCUCAGAUAAACCGACCAAUAACAACUGGCCCUUACAUAAACUGACCAAUCACAACUGGCCCUCAGAUAAACCGAUCAAUCACAACUGGCCCUCAAAUAAACUGACCAAUCACAACUGGCCCUCAGAUAAAUUGACCAAUCACAACUGGCGCUCACAUUAACCGACCAAUCACAACUGGCCCUCAGAUAAACCGACCAAUCACAACUGGCCCUCAAAUAAACCGACCAAUCACAACUGGCCCUCAGAUAAAUUGACCAAUCACAACUGGCGCUCACAUUAACCGACCAAUCACAACUGGCCAUCAGAUAAACUGACCAAUCACAACUGGCCCUCACAUAAACCGACCAAUCACAACUGGCCCUCACAUAAACCGACCAAUCACAACUGGCCCUCACAUAAACCGACCAAUCACAACUGGCCCUCAGAUAAACCGACCAAUCACAACUGGCCCUCAUAUAAACCGACCAAUCACAACUGGCCCUCACAUAAACCGACCUAUCACAACUGGCCCUCACAUAAACCGACAAAUCACAACUGGCCCUCAGAUAAACCGACCAAUCACAACUGGCCCUCAGAUAAACCGACCACUCACAACUGGCCCUCAAAUAAACUGACCAAUCCCAACUGGCCCUCACAUAAACCGACCAAUCACAACUUGCCCUCACAUAAAACGACCAAUCACAACUGGCCCUCAGAUAAACCGACCAAUCACAACUGGCCCUCAUAUAAACCGACCAAUCACAACUAGCCCUCACAUAAACCGACCUAUCACAACUUGCCCUCACAUAAAACGACCAAUCACAACUGGCCCUCAGAUAAACCGACCAAUCACAACUGGCUCUCGGAUAAACUGACCAAUCACAAAUGGCCCACACUGAACUAUUCAACCAACUAAUCAUCAACAACUAUUCGACACACACCUCGUCCAUGUUCCCAAAACGAGUUCACAACACUGGUCAAUGAACGCAUUACACUGAUACUCCCUUGCUUUGUGCCCCAUGCUCCAUUUUUAUUUUUUGUAAAUUUCUUUCACCAGCAAGGACAGUCUAUCCUCCACACACCCGCCCGCACCGGCUACCCUCAGCAGAUUAGCCCGGUCCAAGGUCAAGUUCAAGGACAGUUUGUACAGGUCGGUCAAGGUCAGUAUGCCCAGCCACAGCCUCAACCACAGCCUCAACCUCAACCUCAGCCUCAACCUCAGCCUCAAGCUCAACCAUCGGCCCUGGGUCAAACUCAGCCAGCCGCGCCAGCCCAAGGUCAAGAUGCCCUUUCAAUCCUGGUCCCGUACCAAGGUCAGCCCCAACCAGGACAGUAACAUCCUCUUUGACACCCUGACUGCCAACAGCUGUGCUGAGGUGUUGUUGUUUUUUCCUUCUGAGUCAUCCAUUGAACUCGAUCCAACGAUAACUUCAGCAAUGAAACUAAAACAAUAAUUAAUGGGUUUGAAAACCAAGACACAGAUAUGAAGUUGAAAUAGUCGCUAUAGCAUUAUAAUAUAUCAUAGUUGCAUCUGGACGUUGUCUUAGUUCCGUUGGUGAUGGAUCUCAGACCAACACUAAGAACAUGUUGUAGUCCAUCAUUGAUCGUCUCAAAAAAAAAAAAACAAAAAAAAAAACGUGUGGGGUAAUUAGAUAUUUAUUUGUUUCCAGCCACAGCCGCCAAACAGUGAACUUGCCGUCUGCUGAAGCUACUUGACAAAACAUGCAUUCAAAUAACGCACUUUGUAAAAAUCCUAAUUAGUGCUUCCCAGCUUCGCUACCGUACACGUUUUCACUUUUUUUUUCCACGCCCCUCAACUAUAUCACUAGAUCUAUUCUAAUGUCCCACUCGCUUUAUACACCGAAGAUUUAUUACAUCAUGUUUAAAUUGAGGACGGUUUCUGUCAAACAAACAAAAAACGAACCACACGCAAGGCGUAAGAAUCUCAUUUAGCGCAGUGAUCGGGAAUUUUUAUUAAGUGAGCUUAGCGCCCUCUGGCGGCAUUGGUCACAAUUGUUGUAUACAGAUUUUUGUAUUUUGAUCUUUUUAGUUUGGCGGUUUGCAAGAUGUUGGCUACUAUUUCAAGAAGUUGACUCUUGUUGGCUCUUUCUUGGCUCUUAUUAGCUCUUCUUGGCUCUUUUUUUUUGGUACAAUCCAUAGACAGAACCAACAAAUGGGAGAAGGUUUUUUUUUUGUGUACUCAUUAAUAAGAAAUAAUUCAAUCUUUCCAAUCAGGUGUAAUGAGAGUGAGGCACCACUUCAAAUAAAGGGAGACUUUCAGCAAGUAGAUACGUUUCAGAAUAGAAUAUUAACAUUAUAUUUACACAUGCGGCUGUUGGUGUACACACGCGACUGUUUGUAUACACAUGCGGCUGUUUGUAUACACACGUGGCUAUUUGUAUACACAUGCGGCUGUUUAUAUACACAUGCGGCUGUAUGACAGCAAAUAAAAUUGACGAAUUAUUCGGUGAAAGCUUUGUACAAACAAAAUUUUACAAAUAACACGAUUGUGUGUAAAAAUUAAAAUCUAUCCCAUAAAAUGGUAGAUAUCUUGUUGAUUGUUGAUAAUCUUUGCUAAACAAACUCAUGUUAAACUAGUGGUCGAUGUUUGUUGGAUGCAUGGACGAAUCAAUGUACAAUGACUUGGUUAACAUUUAACAUUAAAAUAAAUAUUUGGUAAUUUUUGUUAACA